CGAGCUGGAGUCAGUGCCGGCGGCUGCAGCGGAGGUGGUGAUGUCGGUGCAGGUUGUGUCAGCAGCGGCUGCCGCCAAGGUGCCUGAGGAGCUGAAGGACCUGAGCCCAUCCGAGCCGGAGCCCCAGUUAGGACUGAGCACGGCGGCCCUGAGCGCCAUGGCCCCCCCGGCGGGCGGCGGAGAUCCCGAGGCUCCAACUCCCGCCGCCGAGCGGCCCCCUGCCCCUGGCUCGGGGCCCGCCGCGGCUCUUAGCCCUGCGGCCGGGAAGGUGCCUCAGGCGUCGGCCAUGAAACGGAGCGACCCGCAUCAUCAGCACCAGCGGCACCGGGACGGCGGCGAGGCCUUGGUCAGCCCCGACGGCACCGUCACGGAGGCGCCGCGCACAGUUAAGAAGCAGAUCCAGUUUGCUGACCAGAAGCAAGAAUUCAACAAACGUCCCACCAAAAUUGGACGUCGCUCUCUGUCCCGUUCUAUUUCUCAGUCAUCUACUGACAGCUAUAGCUCAGCGGCUUCAUAUACAGACAGUUCUGAUGAUGAGACAUCCCCCAGGGACAAGCAGCAAAAGAAUUCUAAGGGAAGCAGUGACUUCUGUGUCAAGAACAUCAAACAGGCAGAAUUUGGACGCAGAGAAAUUGAAAUUGCUGAACAAGAAAUGCCUGCACUGAUGGCUCUAAGGAAGAGAGCUCAAGGAGAAAAGCCUUUGGCUGGAGCCAAAAUUGUGGGUUGCACACACAUCACUGCUCAAACUGCUGUGCUUAUGGAAACUCUGGGUGCUCUGGGGGCACAGUGCCGAUGGGCUGCCUGUAACAUCUAUUCCACUCUCAAUGAAGUGGCUGCUGCUCUAGCAGAAAGUGGAUUUCCUGUCUUUGCCUGGAAAGGAGAGUCUGAAGAUGACUUUUGGUGGUGCAUUGACCGAUGUGUGAAUGUGGAAGGCUGGCAGCCAAACAUGAUCUUGGAUGAUGGAGGAGAUCUUACUCACUGGAUUUAUAAAAAGUAUCCCAACAUGUUUAAGAAAAUUAAAGGCAUAGUUGAAGAAAGUGUUACUGGAGUCCAUAGACUUUACCAACUGUCCAAAGCCGGGAAACUGUGUGUUCCAGCCAUGAAUGUCAACGACUCAGUCACCAAGCAGAAAUUUGACAACCUUUACUGCUGCAGAGAAUCAAUUCUUGAUGGACUUAAAAGGACAACAGACAUGAUGUUUGGUGGAAAGCAAGUGGUAGUCUGUGGCUACGGAGAGGUGGGGAAGGGGUGCUGUGCUGCUCUGAAGGCCAUGGGUUCCAUUGUGUAUGUAACUGAGAUUGACCCCAUCUGUGCUCUGCAAGCCUGUAUGGAUGGAUUUCGACUGGUGAAAUUAAAUGAGGUCAUCCGACAAGUAGACAUUGUGAUUACCUGUACAGGUAACAAGAAUGUGGUAACCAGGGAGCACUUGGAUCGAAUGAAGAAUAGCUGCAUCGUUUGUAAUAUGGGACAUUCCAACACAGAGAUCGACGUGGCAAGUCUGCGGACACCAGAACUGACCUGGGAGCGAGUGAGAUCCCAAGUUGACCAUGUGAUAUGGCCUGAUGGCAAAAGGAUAGUACUGUUGGCAGAGGGCCGUCUGCUGAACCUAAGCUGCUCCACAGUGCCUACAUUUGUGCUCUCAAUCACUGCUACUACUCAGGCUCUCGCCUUGAUAGAACUUUACAAUGCUCCUGAGGGUCGCUAUAAGCAGGAUGUUUACCUGUUGCCCAAGAAAAUGGAUGAGUAUGUGGCGAGCCUACACCUACCAACCUUUGAUGCCCACCUGACAGAGCUGACAGAUGAACAGGCGAAGUAUCUGGGACUCAACAAGAAUGGGCCCUUCAAGCCUAAUUACUACAGGUAUUAAAUUCCUGUAACUCAAGCCAGAAGACGUUUUAAGGAAUAGAACUCCAAGCCUUUUCUCCACUACUAUCUAAGAAAGAACCCAGCAAGCUGCUUCUCCAAUCAGAGCUGCCCGCCGUGCUCACCCUGUGUGUUAGGUUAUUUAUUUAUUAAAAUCUAGAAUCCUGUGCCUGUAGCCUUGGCCCAGAGUGUGGUUACUGUUUGAGGGCCAUGAGAACCGCAGAAGACAGGCUGAGGAAGGGAAGCAAUCGGGUAGCCAUGCCUAGUGCAUCCAUUCACAUCAUUGCCUAUUGAUGGACUCCUCAGCAAUAGCUGUUUCUCUCAUCCAGGCUCAGGAGUUCAGGGAUUCCAGACUCCUUGUUCCUUGAGGUUUUCUGGAAUAAAUUCAGCAGCUGCCUUUCUCAGCUUUGAACAUUUCCCCCCAGGUGAGGCCUUUUGGGAGCCACUGAAUUAACAAGGCCUGGGUUCCCAGCCUUGGCCACACUGUCACUGCCUUCUUUACAAAAAGGCUAGUA